AUGGUGGGGCCAAAGUAUUUGAGGAAGUUGGAUGUGCGGUUGCUUCCGAUAGUGGGCUGCAUGUACACGAUCCUGUUUCUUGACCGAUCAAACAUUGCCAAUGCCAGGAUUGAAGGACUGGAAAAGAGCUUGAACAUGCCGGCAAAUGGAUUCAACACCGCCAUUUGGAUUUUCUACAUCGCAUUCGUAGCGGUUGAAGUGCCAAGUAAUUUGAUCAUGAGUCUGCCACGGGUAAGACCGAAUGUUUUUCUAGGGUGUAACAUGUUUUUGUUAGGUAUAGUGUCCACGUGCCAAGGAUUGACAACAUCGUAUGGUGGGCUCCUGGCACUACGUUUUUUGAUGGGCAUCUUUGAGGCCACACUUCCUGCUGGCUCUGUGUUACUGGUUGCUGAGUACUACACGGGUGCACAAGCGUCACUGAGAUACGCUGCAUUCUUCACCUUCGGUCUACUAGGCCCGUGCUUCAGCGGUAUCCUCGCAUACGGCAUCCGCAACAUGGAUGGCAUCCAGGGCAAAGAAGGCUGGAGGUGGAUUUUCCUGCUUGAGGGAAUUUUGACCAUAAGCAUCUGCCCCUUGGUGUACCUCCUCAUCCCCGACUUUCCUGAGAAAUCCAAUUUCUUGACUGCUGAGGAGAAGACACACCUGCUGAAUUGUCUGCGUCAUGACAAGGGCGAUCAAAAGCUCGACAUUCGGUCUGUAAACUGGAUCAAGACCGUUUUCGAUUACAGAAUCUGGUUUCCUACACUUAUCUUCUUCUGCUGUGACAUGACUGCCGCUUCAAUGGCCUCUUUCAUUCCCACUAUUUUGACAGAGCUUGGCUGGAAAGCUGCACGUGCGCAAGCAAUGUCUGUCCCCAUCUGGAUAUGUGGCAUUGUGUUCCAGGUUGUUGCGGCCUUCGUAUCAGGACGCAUUGGCUGGCGUUACCCCUUCAUCCUAGGUGGUGUUGCCCUCGUAUUAGUGGGUUGGAUAAUCAACGUUGUCUACUCCGAGGGCUAUCACGUAACUGCCGCUGUACGCUAUUUCAGCUUGUUCUGCUUGAGCGGGGGGACGUUUAUCCAGAUGACCACAACGACGACGUGGUUGGCGAACAACCUCCGCGGAAGGCCUAGUAUCGCUGUCGGCACUGCAAUCAUUCUUGGUGUUGGAAAUUGCGCGAACUUCAUCGCGGGUAAUGUGUUUAUCAAGGAAGAGGCGCCGUUCUAUCCCACAGCUUUCAGGACAGGUCUCGGCAUUACGAUUGCCGGAGCAGUGCUUUGCGUGGUAUACGUUGGGAUACUUUGGUGCCAUAACCAGAAGCUGGCGAGGAAGAGGGAAGAGGUCGGUGGUGAGGAUGAUCAAGUGGAGUACAAGUAUCAGUACUAA